CCCUCAGAGGCCGUGGCCGCCUCCGUACAGCCCCGCGCCGAGCGAGCAGCUGCCAAGCGGCCAAGGGAUGAGCUGGGGCCCGCCUUCCCAAUGGCAUCUCCCCCUGGCCUGGAACUGAAGACACUGAGCAAUGGUCCCCAGGCCCCAAGGAGACCGGCUCCUCUGGGUCCAGCGGCCCCACGCAGGGAAGGUGUGGAGAAUGCCUGCUUCUUUUCGGAGGAGCACGAGACUCAUUUCCAGAACCUUGGGGAUGCCAGACUGGGCAGCUCCCCCAGCCCCCCUGAGGGCAUCCCCUCAUGGCCCCGAUCCCAGAGGGACGACCUGUCCCUGCGUUCAGAAGAGGGGCCAGGCCUGGAGCCUGUGAGCCGCCCGGUGGAUUACGGCUUCGUUUCCGCUCUGGUUUUCCUGGUGAGCGGGAUCCUCCUGGUGGUGACUGCAUACGCCAUCCCCCGAGAGGCCCGUGUCAACCCGGACACAGUGUCAGCACGGGAGAUGGAACGACUAGAAAUGUACUAUGCGCGCCUGGGCUCACACCUGGACAAGUGCAUCAUUGCAGGCCUGGGGCUGCUCACAGUGGGCGGCAUGCUCUUGUCCGUGCUGCUAAUGGUCUCCCUGUGCAAGGGAGAGCUGUACCGCCGGCCGAACUUCGUCCCUGGCAGGGGCUCCAGGAAGACCUACGGCUCCAUUAACCUGCGCAUGAGACAGCUCAGUGGGGAUGGGAGCCAGGCCCUGGUGGAGCACGAAGUCGUCCAGGUCUCGGAGACCAGCCGCACCCUCCAGGGGUCUUAA